AUGUUCAAGCCCUCUGCCAAACACCUGCUGCUCGCCGCUCUGGUUACCCAGCUUCUCCCAAGCAUCAGCGCGGUGUCCUUCCCUGCCACAGGAGGCCCAUACAACACCAGCAUCGCAACGGCCCAGCUCAUCGACCAUCCCACGUACUCUGAUGAUCUCUCUCUUUCAUCCCGUCCCUCCACCAAGCUGUUGCCCUCCCUGACGUCCUACAUGGACCCCAUCACCGCAACAUUCGAGGAUGAACAGUACGCACAGGCUGGCAUCCCAGCCGGCGCCUUCGGCUCACUUACACUUCGAACCUGCAUGCCUUGUCGGCCUUCAGAUUCUAGUCGCCGCGUCAAAGGGCCAAAAUUUCCGCUCAUUCUCUUCUCACCUGGCCUGGGAAAUUCUCGACUCUUGUACAGUGCUAUGGCACAGCAACUGUCCAGCACUGGCUACAUCGUCGUAACCAUCGACCAUCCCUACGACGCAGGCAUCGUAACAUUCCCCAACAAUGCCACAAUCCUCGCUGCAAACAUUACAACCAAUGCCGAAAUCAUAGCUGACCUGAAUAUCCGAGUGAGAGACGUAUCCUUCGUCCUCGAUCAGCUUUAUAUCCCAUCUGUCAUUUCUAGGCUCAUCCCACGCCGAAUUUGCGGUUUGGAUACCUCUAAAGUUGGAAUCUACGGCCACUCUCUUGGCGGUGCGACCGCAGCUGAGGCUAUGCUUUCUGAUCCCCGUCUAUUGGGGGGUGUCAAUCUGGACGGCACAUUUUUCGGCUCUGUUAUCGACCGGGGAUUGGAUAAGCCGUUCAUGUUGAUGGCGCACGAAGGGAAGAAUUUGACUACUGAUGUGAGCUGGGGCGCUCUAUGGCCGAAGCUGAAGGGUUUUAGGAGAAGAUUUAUGCUUGGUGGUAGUACGCAUGGUACGUUUACGGAUUUGGCGGUGGCUGCUGAUUUGAUUGGUCUCAGAGAGGAAUAUCCGGCACAGACGGCCGCAUUCUUUGGGAGUAUCGAUGGGGGAAGAGCCCAUCAGGCUAUUGCUACUUAUACGAGCAGAUUCUUUGACUUUGUUUUGAAGGGGAAGAAACAUGAGUUAUUAGAUCGCUCCACUAUGGAGUUUCCUGAGGUGACUGUUGGAGAAAAUUAA